AACGUCUUGUCGAGAAAGGCUGCGACUUUGAUUUUUCUAAAGCCUCGUCCCCUUCAGCCUCUGCCAGUCCCCCGAGAACGUGCAGCAGCCCAGCUCAGUCCGCUCUCUACAUAACCAAGCAGCGCCCGACGGAGACGAACGACGACACAAUGGGCGUAAUCGAAGAGCAGCGCUACCUCCACGAGGACCUCGAGCGCCUCGAGCAAGGCAUCGCAGACCGUAUCAGCGAAGAACCAAAACACAUUCGCGACCGCCUGAACCGCGACCACGAAAUCGGCCAGCUCCUCGACCAGAUCCAGUCCCAGUCCGUCAAGCUCCUCGACAUCUACCGCGACGCCGACGGCCAGCGCGGCCACGAGAUCCAGACCAUCGGCACAGGCGACCCCUUUGAGGAGUUCUACAGCCAGCUCAAGACGGCGCGCGAGCACCAUGCCAAAUACCCAAACGAACAGGCCGAGAACUCGGAGGUGCGGUACCGCGUCAAGAAACCCGACGACGGGGAAGUCAUGCCUUACAUUGUCGACCGCCUGUUCACGGGCGAGGAAGGCUUCGGCCGCUUCUUUGACCUGCACACCUCCCACGAGGCCUACCUCAACCUCCCCAACGUCAAGCGCCUGUCGUAUCUGCAGUACCUCGAGGUCUUUGACAACUUCGCACCAGGCUACGGUGGCCUGAAGCGCGGCGAGAAGCUGACGGAUCAGUACUUCAAGUACGUCGGCGAGCUGGCGUCGUACCUCGAGUCCUUUAUGCGCCGCACGCGGCCGCUCGAGAACCUCGACAAGGUGUUCCUGGGGUUCGACAGCGACUUUGAGGCGGCGUGGGAAAAGGACGAGGUGUCGGGUUGGCAGAAGGAGACGAGCGGUGGCAGUGGUGGUGCGAACGGUACCGCAAAGGAGACCAGCUCAGCAGACGCCAUCUGGUGCGACGACUGCGAAAAGGAGUUCAAGAACGAAAACGUCUACAAAGCACACAUGACGGGACGCAAGCACAUCAAGGCCGCCGAGGCGAGGAAAGCGCGCCGCGAGGAAGAAGGCGAGGAAGAAACCAGCGGCGGCAGCACAAACAAGGUAUCAGCAACGAGGCUGAAGGAACGAGCCGUCGCAGAGCGCGAGUACCGCGUCAAACGCCUCGCGGCAGCAGUGAGCACGGAACGCGGCGACACGCGCGUAAACGUCGAGCGCAGACAGGGCAUGACGGAGCGCGAGCGCCAGCAGGAGCUGGAAAACAUAAUGAACCUGUCGUACUCGGCGCCCGGCAGCGGCAUGGCACACCACAACGGCGGCGGCGCGGACGGCGAAGACGACGACGAAGACGGCGAGGACGGCGAGGAGAAGAUUUACAACCCGCUGAAACUGCCCCUCGCGUGGGACGGUAAGCCGAUCCCCUUCUGGCUGUACCGUCUGCACGGUUUGGGCGUCGAGUUCCCCUGCGAGAUUUGUGGUAACUUUGUCUACAUGGGCCGGCGGGCAUUUGAUAAGCAUUUCAACGAGGCGAGGCAUGUUCACGGGUUGCGGUGUCUCGGUAUUACGAAUACCAGUCUGUUCCGCGAUAUCACGAGUAUCGAGGAGGCGGUGAAUCUGUGGGACAAGAUCCAGCGGGAAGCGAAGAAGACCAAGGUUGACGAGGGGAGCGUGGUGCAGAUGGAGGAUGCGGAGGGGAAUGUUAUGCCUGAGAAGGUGUACUACGAUUUGCAGAAGCAGGGUCUUUUGUAAAUGGAGUGACACUACCUUUCUCAGAGUCAUGAGGGAAAAGGGGGAAGAUGGGGCGUGGUGUACAAGUAUUCCAAAGGCGACGGGGAGGCGCGACGAUCGUAGAAUCGCUGUGGAGAUUGUGAAAUGUAGAUAUCAGAAGCACUUACUCUGCGGUUGCGUUCAAUGUGAGGGGUAACCAAGAUUACAAUCAUAGAUAUCUUUGAGGGCCUCUGCAUCGAUGUUUGAAGGCGACGUGAUCCUCUGUUUGGCAAAAUCCUAGAGACAGAAAACGGCGGAAACCUUGGCUCUAUGUCCAACAUCCCUCACAUCGGCGA